GAAGUACAAUUCUCAUUAAACAUUGAAAAUUUCAUUCAUUCACGUGGUUUGCAUCAUUUAGUAUGGAAGUUCGCCGGCGUACAGACGGCGUUCGCCGUAAAUCCGAACGCUCUGACGAACGCGACAGCAGCGAAGAGUGCGACCAGAGCAUUCACUAUACUGAAAGAUCAAAUGAAGAUCAUAAUAAAAGAUCAAAUGCAGGAGUUUAUGAUCGUUCAAAUGAUCGUGUCGUCAUGGAGACCCGUGAAGAUAUUUCUGAAGGAGGCGGCGAAGGUGAAGGCGCAGGUGAACAAGGAACCGGAGGAGCUCCAGGUUUCUCCCGAAGAAUAAGAGAAUCAACACCUCGUAAAGUCCCAUUUUCGGACUCCAAGCUACCGAUUUCGAACACCGACCUCCAAGUUUCGGACUCCGACCCACCGAUUUUGGACUCCGACCCACCGGUUUCGGAUUCCGACCCACCGGUUUCGGACUGCGAUUUGUCAAUUUUGGACUCCGAACCACCGGUUUCGGGCACACACCCAUCGGUUUCGGAAUCCGACCUACCAAUUACGGACUCCGACCCGCCGGAUUUGGGCACAGGCUCCCCGGACUCGGACCUCCCGGUUUCGGACUGCGACGUCCGGCAGUGGCUGCAGAGGCACGGCGGACUGGAGGCUGACUCUUAUUGGUUGACGCGCGUCGUGCUGCUGCGAGCGGUUGCCUUCAUAUACAUGGUGGCGUUCGCGGUUGCCUACCAUCAGAACAAACAGCUUCUGGGCGACCGUGGGCUGCUGCCUCUGCGCCGUUUCCUGCUCAGCGUCUGCAACUCGCGGGAGAGCUACUGGGCGAGGUUCACUGCCGCGCCGACGCUGCUGUGGCUGGCUUACCCAUGGCACAGGGUGGAUGUUUGGCUCGACACCAUCGCGCUCACCGGGGCGGCCCUGGCAGCUAUAGUGAUGGUGUCAGGAGCUGGCAACUGGCUGAUGAUGGUGACGCUGUGGUCACUAUACCACUCCAUCGUGGCAGUGGGUGAGUUGAGUGGGGUGAGUAAGAUGUGCCAUGUCAUGUUCAACGAUCUCAAUAUUUCUUCAACAAUCAAUGUUUGUGACCAGACUCAACCAGUACCCAACCCGCUGGCAUACUACCUCCACCAAACCCCGUCCCUGGUGCACAACUUGGAGGUGCUGGGCAACCACGUGGUCGAGCUGGUCGCGCCUUGGCUGAUAUUUGGCAACCGUGGUUGUCAACUCGUGGCCGGUGUGGUGCAGAUUGCGUUUCAGGUUAUCCUGAUCAUGUCGGGCAACUUGAGCUUCCUCAACUGGCUGACGAUGGUGCCAAGUCUUGCGCUUUUCGAUGACAGAUUUUACGCGCGUUUCUUCAGCGCGCGUAAAGUGAAGGCCGUUGCAAAACGCCAGAUUCUGACCGCUCGAGACCACGCUAAAGUCCAGCCUGGUUUGUUCCGCGACGUGUUGAACCUGGCGCUGUGUGGUGCGCUCGCCUACCUCAGCCUGCCCGUGCUGGUGAACCUCCUGUCGUCCCGACAGGCCAUGAACACGUCCUUUGAACCCUUCAGGAUACUGAACACCUACGGCGCCUUCGGCAGCGUGAGCAAGGAGAGACAUGAGGUGGUCUUGGAGGGUCUGGCCAGCGACGGCUCGUGGCUGGAGUACGAGUUUAACUGCAAGCCUGGGGCCGUAGACCGCAGACCCUGCCUUAUAUCGCCCUACCACUACAGGCUCGACUGGCUUAUGUGGUUCGCUGCUAUGCAGCGCGCGGAACACAACCCGUGGCUGUAUCACCUCGUGUACAAACUCCUGCAGAACGACGAGGCGGCCACGUCACUCAUCAGAACAAACCCCUUCGAGGCGCGCGCGCCCCCCAGGAGUGUGCGUGCGUUGCUGUACAAGUACGAAUACACGCAAGCAUUUAGUGGCAGCGCUGCGUGGUACGUGAGGCACGUGGUCGAUGCCUCGUACCUGCCUCCCCUCACCAACGCCUCGCUCGCCUCCAUCGCCAGCAGGAUGCAGUGGCCGGGGCUUGCUUAACACCUAAGCGUCUAGCUGUACAUUUCUGUCGCCUUUCAAAAUAACUUUUUUUUGUAGCUAAGCGCCUUUCGAAAUU